UGCCGACCCUUUCCAGCGUACCACGCCAUCCCCCGCCACCUUCGGGAAGCCACAGCCCACACCUGUCUCCGGCCACCAUCGUGCGUCUCCGGUCUCCGGCGACCAUCCCCAGUUCGCCAUGGCGCUCCUCCUCCCCCGCACGGCGCGGCUCGCGCUCCUCCCCGCCGGCCGGCGAGCCUACUCCUCCACCGUCGGCGCGGCGGGAGCGGGAACAACGGCGCCAGCGCCGUACGGCGGCGGGGCGCCCGCGUCGGCGCCGAUGCCGAAGGCCGCGGAGUUCGUGGUGUCCAAGGUGGACGACCUGAUGAACUGGGCGCGGCGGGGCUCGAUCUGGCCCAUGACGUUCGGCCUCGCCUGCUGCGCCGUGGAGAUGAUGCACGCCGGCGCCGCCCGCUACGACUUCGACCGCUUCGGCGUCAUCUUCCGCCCCUCGCCGCGCCAGUCCGACUGCAUGAUCGUCGCCGGCACGCUCACCAACAAGAUGGCGCCCGCGCUCCGCAAGGUUUAUGACCAGAUGCCAGAGCCUCGGUGGGUGAUCUCGAUGGGCAGCUGCGCCAACGGCGGUGGAUACUACCACUACUCGUACUCCGUCGUGCGUGGGUGCGACCGGAUCGUUCCCGUGGACAUCUACGUCCCUGGGUGCCCGCCAACAGCUGAAGCUCUCCUGUAUGGCGUUCUCCAGUUGCAGAAGAAGAUCAACAGGCGCAAGGAUUUCCUUCACUGGUGGGAGAAGUGAAUUAGCACUUUGGACCAUCAGGUUCAUGAAGAUGCAGCUCUUCUAUGUAUCGUUGGAAUAAGCGAAGCAUGUGCUUCCUGGUCCGUGGUAAUUGGUAAGUAAGUAGCUUGUGUGUGCUGGGUGGGUUACUACCUUGCUUCACAGGCCAUGUAAAAGCUACGUACUGGUGGUUGAAUAGUUGAUGCACCCGAGUUUGUACUGGCAUAUUGUAUAUCUGUACAGUACAUGCUGGUGGUUGAACAGUAGAUACUUAUGGAAUUGUAUGUAUUCUAUGCAAUUGUGAUAAUGUACGCUGUCGGUGUUCUGUGUAGCAAAUAUUCCCAAAAUAAGUGUCUGACAGAGGGAGUACGAGGGAAAGAUGUGGCUCUACAGGUCUUCCGAAUAUAAAUAGGCCGGAAGACAGCUGACUGAGAGUUGCGGCUCUUAGC